AUGGACGUCGACGGACUCUCAUCUCCUGUUGCUCCUCGCUCCUCGUUACCCUCCAGUAGCGCCCCGCUUCCCAGCCUAUCGUCGAAUGGAGGCGCUACACCUAAACGUAGCCACCGGACCGCGGACGCACUAGCACUCGAUGAUCCUGAAGAUGUCUCACAAGCCAACGAUGGAGCCGCCAACAGGCGGAGGAGAGCGCGGGGCCAGAUCAAUGCAGACGUUCCCGUUGUGAAGGACGCAGUGGGAGAAAGUGUAUGCGAUGCGUUUGAGACCUUCCUCAAAACUUUUACCGAGGACGUCGCACUCGCAGCCACCCCUCGCUCAGAUGGCGAUAUACCUCAGGCCGGAGAAGGGGAACUAAUAUACAUUGAACAGAUCCACACCAUGCGCGAAUAUGAAUUAACGACUCUCUACGUCGACUACGGUCAUCUCCUGCAAAAGGACGAUGUACUUGCCGACGCCAUACAGAAGCAGUACUACCGAUUUAUGCCAUACCUCAGACGCGCUCUGCAAAACCUCGUAGCUGAAUAUGAACCGGAAUAUCUCAAGAUCAACCCCACCGCAGCGGCCACAGACUCUGCCAACCUGCAGUCGCGAGAAUUCAGCAUUGCGUUCUAUCAUCUACCCCUAGUAUCCGGUAUUCGGGACCUGCGAACGGACAAGAUUGGCACGCUCAUGAGCAUCAGCGGGACCGUAACGCGCACUAGCGAAGUACGACCAGAACUCUUGUACGGAACUUUCAUCUGCGAGAUAUGCGGUGGCCUUGUCAGCGACAUCGAGCAGCAGUUCAAAUAUACGGAGCCUAGUUUAUGUCCUAAUCCGACGUGCGGCAAUCGCCACGCGUGGCAGCUUCAAAUCGAUUCCUCGAAGUUCACGGAUUGGCAGAAAGUGCGCAUACAGGAGAAUGCAUCCGAGAUACCCACAGGAUCGAUGCCGCGGUCCCUGGAUGUCAUCCUUCGGGGCGAACUAGUGGAGCGAGCUAAAGCCGGAGACAAAUGCGUGUUUACUGGCGCGUUUAUCGUCGUGCCGGACGUCAGCCAGCUUGGAUUGCCGGGUGGCAACCGGGCUGAACUAAUGCGAGAAGCUGGUAAGAGUGGCGCCACCGCGGGCGUCGGAGGUGGAGGCGUCACAGGGCUGAAGACCUUGGGUGUUCGUGAUCUGCAAUACAAAACGGCGUUUCUCGCAUGCAUGGUGCAUGAUGCGGAUGGAAGGGCUGGAACCAAUAUUCGAGGUGAAGAGGAACAAGGGGAGGACGAUGCUGCUGCCUUCGCUAAGACGCUCACCGAGCCUGAGUUCGAAGAGCUUAAGGCCAUGAUUGAGUCUGACCACAUCUAUUCUCGCCUGGUGGAGAGUAUCGCCCCGACUGUGUAUGGGCAUGAGCUUGUCAAGAAGGGACUCUUGUUACAGCUCAUGGGCGGUGUUCACAAGCAAACGCCAGAGGGCAUGCAUCUCAGGGGCGACAUCAACAUCUGCAUAGUCGGUGAUCCAUCGACGUCCAAAUCUCAAUUCUUGAAGUAUAUUUGUUCCUUCCUGCCGCGAGCGGUGUACACCUCUGGAAAAGCCUCCUCCGCAGCUGGUCUCACCGCCGCCGUGGUCAAGGAUGAGGAAACUGGUGACUUCACAAUUGAGGCUGGCGCUCUCAUGCUAGCCGACAACGGGAUUUGCGCUAUCGACGAAUUCGACAAGAUGGACAUUUCCGAUCAGAUAGCCAUUCAUGAAGCCAUGGAACAGCAGACGAUUUCGAUCGCAAAAGCUGGCAUCCAUGCCACUCUCAAUGCGCGGACUUCCAUUCUUGCCGCUGCAAAUCCUGUAGGCGGACGGUACGACCGGAAGAAGACGUUACGAGCCAACAUCAUGAUGAGUGCUCCCAUCAUGAGUCGAUUCGACCUGUUCUUCGUGGUUCUGGAUGAGUGUGACGAGCGAACGGAUCUGAACAUCGCCAGACAUAUCGUCAACGUCCAUCGGUUCCAGGACGAGGCAAUUCAUCCGGAGUUCAGUACGGAAGCACUUCAGCGCUAUAUCCGGUACGCCAGGACGUUCAAUCCUAAGCUAACCCCGGAAGCCGCGGAUGUUCUGGUGGAGAAGUACCGAAUUCUCCGUCAGGAUGAUACUACCGGAGCCGGGAAAAACUCCUACCGUAUCACUGUGCGGCAGCUGGAGAGCAUGAUCCGGCUGAGUGAAGCUAUUGCACGCGCAAACUGCACCAAUGAGAUUACUCCGGCGUUUGUGCGUGAAGCAUAUAGUCUCCUUCGCCAGUCCAUUAUCCACGUCGAGCAAGACGACAUCGAUUUCGAUGAGGAAGAACUCACGGGCGAGAGACCAGGCGACGGAAGACCGCCGGCGAUUGAUGGUGAGGAGAGCCAGGACGUGGAAAUGUCUGGUGCGGACAUGGAGGCGACGGAGGCGACGGAGCAGAGCUAUCAACAACCGUCCGGGAACUCAUCUUCCGGUCUUGCUCAGGGUGCUAUCGCGACAUCUCCUGGUCCGGACGCCGUGCCAGUGCAGCAACCAGCGGCAGCCAAGCGGCGCAUGGUGAUCACGCACGACAAGUACAUGGCCCUACAGAGCCUCAUCGUGCUGCACCUGUCCGCUGUUGAACGAGAGACAGGUACAGGAGUCGACAAAGAUGAGCUCAUUGACUGGUACUUGGAAUUGAAGGAAUCGGAGAUCCAGGACGUGGAGGAGCUAGAGUACGAGAAAGAACUGAUCACCAAGGUGUUGAAGAAACUCGACAACUAUCUCCUCGCUGUCAACGGCGACGUCCAAAAUUCAUUACCCACUUCGACCGACGAUGGAACGAGUCAAUCUCAGCCAGAGGGCGAUCGUCGUAUGUAUUACAUGGUCCAUCCCUCCGUCGAUACCUCGCAGGAGUGA